UCCCGCCGGCAGGUCUCCCCGGGGUCUUGGUAGUGCAAAGAAAUAAAUGAGGAUGCGGGUGAGUGUUUGCUGAGAACAAUGGGAAGUCCCCGCUGCUCGUCAGGGACAAGCAAAGUAUCCAGAGAUCAAGACUCUGAUGGGACCAGAUCCACAUUUAAAGUGGAUUGUAUCUGGAAUGGUUUUCAUACAGUUUCUAGCAUGCUACCUGGUGAAAGAUUUAUCUUGGAAAUGGAUUUUCUUCUGGGCUUAUGCUUUUGGGGGUUGCAUCAACCAUUCACUCACCCUAGCCAUCCACGAUAUUUCACACAACGUUGCCUUUGGGAACAAGCAGGCCAAGUGGAACCGAUGGUUUGCAGUCUUUGCCAACUUGCCAGUUGGCAUCCCUUAUUCUGCCUCCUUCAAGAAAUACCACAUUGACCAUCAUCGGUACCUUGGUGGGGACAACCUGGAUGUGGACAUUCCUACAGACUUUGAAGGCUGGUUCUUCUGUACGCCAUUUCGGAAACUGCUUUGGCUUUUCCUCCAACCUCUUUUCUAUAGUCUGAGACCACUGUAUGUGAAUCCCAAAGCAAUUACACGGAUGGAAAUUCUUAACGCUCUUGUCCAGUUUUCUAUAGACCUUAUAAUUUACUACCUUUGGGGUCUCAAACCCAUUAUUUACUUAAUAGCAGGUACAAUUCUCUGCAUGGGUGUACAUCCCAUUUCCGGGCACUUCAUAGCAGAACAUUACAUGUUCUUAAAAGGGUAUGAGACAUACUCUUAUUAUGGACCUCUGAACUGGCUCACCUUUAAUGUAGGCUACCACAUGGAGCAUCAUGACUUCCCCAGCAUUCCCGGAUGCAGAUUGCCAAUGGUGAAGAAGAUUGCAGCAGAAUAUUACGAUAACCUCCCACAUCACCAGUCCUGGAUUCGAGUUCUGUGGGACUUUGUUUUUGAUGACACUAUUGGUCCUUACUCAAGGGUUAAGAGACUAUAUGAGCUGGCAAAAGAAAGCUAAUGGACUAGCUCUGCCAGCUGCAUUGGUGUUUUAGUCAUUUGAAUGACUUUAGUUUUCUGCAGAAGUAGAAGGAUGUUUGUGUGUGCUGAAUUAGCAUUGGUGUGUGCUCCUUAGACCAAAGGAUGAGUGUGAAAAUGAAGCAAUUGGAUGCACUAUUUUAGACUAUUGAUACUUUUUAAUAAAGGAUAUUUGUGUAUGUAACCCUGAGAAACUAGAUUAUGUGAACCUUUGGUCUAGGCUUAGAAUUAACUUCCUGGGCCACAUGUGCCUGAGUUUUGGCCUGGUCUGUAAUGGAGAAUGGUUGGUGAAUGUAUGUGUGAGUGUGUGUGUGUGUGUGUGUGUGUGUGUGUGUGUGUAGUUUAGGACUGUUUUCAUGCCAGAUUAGAUGUAGAUGCUCUGCGUGCACAGGACUCUGAAAGCAGGGAGAACUGGCACUCAGUGGUAAAUGAUACUUUCUGGAGGACACAAGGGUGCCUUUAGCUCAAUGGCUUGUCUAAUCUAAUAUCUUCUGAUAAUUGCUGGUAGCGGAGAUUUUGUACAUGCAAUGGAAUAUGUGUAUAUUUUUGUACAUUUGUAUCAUUAUUUUAGUAGCUGCUGUUUAACCUUUAUUCCAGGGCUUUGUCUAACCUUUUCUGAAUGUAUUUCUGUUCUUAUGAUCUAAUACUCAGUGUAGCUAACUGGCAAAACUGAACUGUGGCAUGGAGAAACCCUUCCAUUAGUCUUCCAUUCGCUGCCUGAUUAGCAGCAUGGAUGUGCCCCUGGAGGAACUUAGUCCUUCCUCACUCACCUUUUCAACAGUAUUCAUAACUUCAUGUUUCUCAUCCUUUUCCCCGCUGUAAGUCCUUCUGGGAAUGGAAAGGUUCUAGUUUUAGUUGCUGCUUGCUGAAGUUGUUAAUAUUCCUGAUCACCUUUCUUAGUCUUUUCUAUAUUAUAACCCUUUCUGCACACAGGAGUUAGGAGUAUGUGUCAGUGAAGGCAAGGACAUGUUAUGGUGAUAUUUGUUUCUAAUUGCUUUCAGAAUAAUUGUAAAUUUUUCCUGUCAUGUAAGAGGCACUGACUUGAUGUUUGGAAAGCACAUGAUACUCCAGGUGUAUAAAAGUUGCUACUGAUGGUGUUAAGGGGCUAUACCUGAAACAUGGAGCUGGGAUUGUUUCUCUCCCUACGUGUCUUACUUUGUGCUGUUGCCAUUAACCUUCAUCUUUCAUUUUUACCCACUGGAAUAGUUAAAUCUUCCUGCCUGUCCUUUCCAACUAUAAACUUCUGGCUAUCCUCAAUAAUUCUGUAUCAUCAAAAACCUUAAUCAUCGUAUCUUUCUCCAAGCAGAACAGUAUCUUGGAAGUCAGACGUUCAGAUGCUGUCAGUUAAGUUCACUCCACCCUGGAAAGAUGACAACUUAUUUCUGUCCUUACUAAGCAGUUAAAAGAGAGACUUAUAAAUGUCCUCUUAUACUGUAGCCCUCUAACAGGUUUUUUGUUUGUUUGUUUUCUUCUGUAAAUCCAUGUCUGUAACAAAGAAAAGGAUUACUGUGCGUUCUUGUUGGUCCCUCAAAGUAUGCUAUGAGACCUGGAAA